GUCCACAGCGAGCACAUGCCCUUCAAGUGCGACUUCUGCCAGCGCCUGUUCAAGCACAAGCGCAGCCGGGAUCGCCACGUCAAGCUGCACACCGGCGACCGGAAGUACCGGUGCACGCAGUGCGAAGCCGCCUUCUCCCGCUCCGACCACCUGAAGAUUCAUCUGAAGACGCACGACAACGCCAAGCCCUACCAGUGCGCCGUGUGCAACCGCGGUUACAACACGGCGGCGGCGCUCACCUCACACAUGCAGAACCACAAGAGGGACAGCCCUACCGCACAGCCCCUGCGGUGCCAACAGUGCUCCGCGCUUUUUGCCACUCCUAAAGAGCUACAGAUUCAUGUCACCAUCCAUGAGAAGGAUGCAUCACCCUCACGAAAGGACAAAUCCUUGUCCUGCAGUUUCUGCUCCGAGAGUUUCUGUGACUCUGAUAGUCUAAGGGACCAUGUUGAAGAGAAACACACUCCAGAGACACAAGGAAAAUGCCCAGAGUGCCUGAAAACAUUUUCUUCCCUAGAAGCCUUGCUCAACCAUAAGAAAAUUCAUGCCGAUUCUGUGAAAGAGGAGCCUUCAUCAAACAGCAAUAGAUUUUCUUGUGGUUUCUGUACGAAGAAUGAAUUUCUUACUUUGGACUCCUUACAAGUGCACAUGCAAGAAUGUCACGUCCCGCUAAGCAACAGCAUGGAAUCUUCUUCAACGACUCAGACGUCGUCCAGUCCGCUCAGCAAUUCAAGAGCAACCCCUGACACACCCACCCGCAAAUCCAACGCUUCGUCCAACGCUGCUGCUGCGUACGGAUGCGAAUACUGCACCAUGAAGUUCAACAGCGUGCACGCACUCCAGAAACACACACUCACUGUUCACAGCUUUAGCGAAGUCACAGACGCCAACCACGAAAACGUGUACUGUUCUCAAUGCAGCAAGGCUUUUCCGAGCUCUGCUUCACUGGCAGACCACGUUCGGACCAUGCACGAGAUGGCAAUUACCAAAGACUACGAUAAAAAGCCGCAGUCAAGAAGCAGGAAUGACAGUCCUCGGCAUUUAGACCCAACUUGUGUCCCAAUCUUCAACGGCUCCAGCCCUCAUUUCGUCGCUCCUGGUCCAUUUCUCUGCAGUCAGUGCAACGCAGCACUGCCUGAUUUCGAAUCUUUCCGUAACCACCUCAAGAGCCAUAUAGAUGCCGUGGUAAAGAAAUUUAGCUGCUUCGAAUGCGAUGGACAGUUCCCGACUGAAGAUCUUCUAGACGCACAUAUCGCGAAUCAUUACUUGGCCACAACCACCGAAUAUGGAUGUCAGAGUUGUCUUAAAAUGUUUGUGAAACCAGACCACUUGCAGAAACAUUUGAUGGAUAUCCACGCCCAUCAGUUAUACCAAUGUGCAUUGUGUAAAGAAAUUUUUGAAUCCAAAGUGAAUAUACAAGUCCAUUUUGCUGUGAAACAUAGCAACGAAUGCCAUUUGUUUAAGUGUACUUCGUGCAAUUCCAUGUUCCGAUCAGAUAUCGAGUUUCACUUGCAUGUAAAAGUUGCUCACUUAGCGAAAAUACAACCUUUUCGUUGUUUUCUUUGUGAUAUGUGUUUUCCGACAGAAAUCCAGCUUCAGUUGCACUUGCAAAGCCACAAGAAGCAGUUUUCCUGCGCUUUCUGUCGGGAAGAAUUUCACGUCGAGUUUUUGCUUGAUCGCCACAUUCAGGAAAAACAUUCUGGGGAAAGCGGCAUUUCCCUCUCCAAUCGCGAUGGUGAAAGUGUGCAAAAUUUAAGUUUGAAAACUCGAUUGAAAUCAGAAAUGGAAAAUAAUUUCAGUCCCAGCAAGAAAAAGCAAUUGAGAUGUGAUAUAUGUGACGCUGUUUUUAGUAUUGAAUCUUCCCUUAACGUUCAUAGACGCCAAGUUCAUAAUAUUAGAACAUCUGGCUCUCAAAAAUCUGGACAAACUACUUUAAGCCUGUUUUGUGCGUAUUGCAAUGAAUCUUGCAAAUCAAGGACAGAGUUGGAAAAUCACAUGAAAGCUCAUACUGUAAGUCCGAGCAAACAUAAGUGUAAUAUUUGUGAUGAAGUGUGCCCGUCUGCUGGAACUCUCGCCGAACAUAAGUUAUCACACUGUAAGAUAAUUACUGACAGUACAUGUGCUACGUGUCAUACUGCUCUGAAAUUAGAAGAGCAUUUUCAUGUCCAUCUUCAUCAACACAACCCCCAAGGUUUGCCUGCUUCAUGUGUGAUCUGUCGUCAAACUUUGAUGUCUGAAAUUGAAGUCCAAGUCCACGCAAAAUUUCAUCUAAAAAACACAGAACCCGUGUAUUCAUGCUGCGUUUGUGCUCGUCAAAGCUCAAUUCAGCAGCUUAUCAUAACAGGAACUCAGGAAAACCAUUCCUAUAUGUGUAAGGAUUGCUUCCAUGCAAAAGGUGAUGACUUACGGUGUCACGAAUGUCAUGUUAAAUUUGAAAACUUGUCAGAACUCGAAAAACAUCGCUCAACACAUAGAAAAACAUACCAGUGCAUAAAAUGUCAAAUGUCUUUCGACACUGAAGCAGAAAUACAGGUCCAUGUUGCCACUCAUGUUCUUCAAGAAGGCACAAAUCAUGCUUGUCAUCUUUGCCCAAAAAUAUUUGAUUCACCAUCGAAACUUCAAUGCCAUCUUAUUGAACACACUUUUGAGGGAUGCUCAAGCUAUUGUUGUUACAUGUGUAGCGCCGUGUUUACAUCUCCGCACCUCAUACAACAACACAUGUUAGAGCACGGUUUAGAUGCAAGGCCUUACGACUGCAGCCUCUGCCACCAAAAAUUCUUCUUUAAGCCAGAACUUGAUAAUCAUUCGAUAUACCACAGAGAUUUACUGAAAGAAACUGGGAACUUUCAGUGUUCAGAAUGUAAUAAAACUUUCGCAUCAUCGGUAAACCUGCAAAACCACUGCAAGAUUCAUGACCAAAAAUCUGUCAACGGAAAUCUGAAGUGUUCGCUCUGUCCAGAAGUUUUUGAAACAUCCGUCGAAAUGCAACAGCACCAUUUUAGAGCACAUGGUGAUAGUGAGCUUAAUGACAGCAAAAAGUGUUUUCCUUGCUCCGAGUGUGAUAAAGUGUUUCCUUGCUUGAGCAAUCUUCAAGGGCAUCUACGUAUACAUACUCAAGGUGUUAAGUAUACUUGUCCGGAAUGCAAUAAAGAGUUUGCACUUGCCAGAAACUUGACAAUACACAUGCGUUCCCACAGUGGUGUUAAACCGUAUGAAUGUCACAUAUGCAAAAAACGGUUCGCUCGCAAAGAGAAUCGUAAAGCUCACUUGAAAUCUCACUCUGGCCAGAAGCCGUUCAUGUGCCCUCACUGUGGCAAGACAUUCUCCAGGAAAUGUCACGUGAAGGAACACAUGAGAAUCCACAUUACAUCCACGACCCAUCCAUGUGAAAUGUGUUCCGAAACCUUCUCCUCCCUGGCAUUGCUCAAACGCCAUUUGGUCGAUGCUCACAACAAGAGUUUUGACUAUUCCUGUUCCAUCUGCAACGAAGUCUUCGAAAGUUCUGAAAGCCUGGAUCGUCACUUGCUCAAGGAACAUGACGUGAGAACCAGUACUUCCCCUCUGGACGAGAUAUCGGUAUCAUCGCUUGACCAGAGCUCCAGUUCUGGAGAUUUGAAAGAUUUGGACAGCAGCGAAUGCAGUAGUAUCAUUGAAGAAAGUGAUACGAGGGACUCGCCUAUAUCUGUAGCAGAAGAGAGCUUAGAAAACACAGCAUCUACCCCACAGGUCGUGGCGUAGCAUUAAAAAUCUGAUGUGUGUAUUAACUUAUUAUAACAAGAAGAUAUAUUUAUUUAUUUGUAAGAAUUAUUUUCUAUCUGGAACCAAAGAAAAUGUCUUUGUUGG